UAUUCUUGUGUUUUUUCUAUUCCCGCCUUUCUAAGAUUCAACGAUCAAACGUCCCCCAAGUCCGGUCAUAUAAUUUGCGAAUGCGAUGGUUCUGCUGUUAAGCCUGCUGCGGGUGGUCUGUGUCGAGAUUUCCGCAGGCUACAGCUUGUGUGUGUGGAUCCUUAACACAAUGCACGAAGUUGCACACACGCAUCCGCACAGGAACUGGAGUGAGUCGUGAAACUUGAAGACGGUGAAAGUCACUAGAGGUGCUUCACUAUCAUCGUGUACAUCGUCAAAAACCGAAUUCCGUGACAUUUCCUCGUGGCCGGUCACGUGGUUGGCGUGCAACGCCACCCGCCCAGACGUGUACAUCGAACAGUCCGCGACAGCGAUCGGCCAUGCCUCGGACUCCACAGCCCAUGCACAUUAUCCGAACUGAGCCGAGUGCAGGAGCCGCCAGGGGAGGAUGGAAGCGGGGAGCACGAGCCAAGAACGCGAGCGCCCGCGCGCCUCGCCGCCGGCGCUGCCGUGCGCGGUGCGGCUGCAGGUCACCGCGUUCUCGCCCCUCAUCGACGUCAUCAACCGCCGCGACGGCACCGUCAACCGCGGCCUCUACUCCGUCGCCGACCGCAUCCUCCGCGUGCGCGCGAGCCCCCGCCCGGACUCCUCCGGCGUCCGCUCCGCCGACUUCGACGUCGACGCGUCGCGCGGCCUCCUGGCCCGCGUCUUCUCCUUCUCCUCCCCCGCCGCGCCCCGGGCCCCGCUCCCGGUCGUCGUCUACUUCCACGGCGGCGGCUUCGCGAUGUUCUCCGCGCGCCAGUGCUACUUCGACCGCCUGUGCCGCCGCAUCUGCCGCGGCGUCGGCGCGGUCGUCGUCUCCGUCGAGUACCGCCUCGCCCCCGAGCACCCCUACCCGGCCGCCUACGACGACGCCGUGGACACGCUCCGCUUCAUCGACGCCAACGGCGUCCCGGGGUUGGACGAGGGCGUCCGCGUGGACCACUCCAGCUGCUUCCUCGCCGGGGAGAGCGCCGGCGGCAACAUAAUCCACCACGCGGCCAACCGCUGGGCCGCGGCCGCGCCCACCCCCAGCUCCGUGCGCCUCGCCGGCCUCAUCUCCGUGCAGCCCUACUUCGGCGGCGAGGAGCGGACGGAGUCGGAGCUGAGGCUGGACGGCGUGGCGCCGAUCGUGACCCUCCGGCGGGCGGACUUCUGGUGGAGGGCGUUCCUGCCGGAGGGCGCCAGCCGCGACCACCCGGCGGCGCACGUGACCGACGAGAACGCCGAGCUGGCCGAGGCGUUCCCGCCGGCGAUGGUGCUGGUCGGCGGGUUCGACCCGCUGCAGGACUGGCAGCGGCGGUACGCCGACGUGCUGCGGCGGAAGGGGAAGACCGUGGAGGUCGUGGAGUUCCCAGACGGCAUCCACGCGUUCUACCUCUUCCCGGACCUCCCCGACACCGCCAGAGCUAUCGAGCGCAUGAGGACGUUCGUGGAAAGCAACCGGACGUCGCCGUCGGCGCCAGAACCUUCUCGCGGGAACGACAUCGAUUGAAAACGGCCAUUCAAAAAUUGAUUGAAAAGAACUUGUAGUCCCCUCGACGUGUCGAAAUUUGGAAAUACGAGUAUUUCUUCAAGUCCAUUCAAUUUAGGAAUUGGGUACACAUUGGUCCAUAGAAAAUUGUGUACACAAUGAAAGAUACUCCCUUCUUUUCGGUU